UCUGUUUUCAUUUUUUAACAGACGCGACUCGAAAAACAAUCUUCUUCUACUUCUCCUUAGAGCCACAACAAUGGCGUCUCUUCUCGCGAACGGUAUUUCCGGAUUUUCUCCGCAACCCACACCCGAUUCCUCAAAAUUACCAAAAGGGUUUCAUCCUAAACCCGAAUCCUUGAAAUUUCCGUCUCCAAAAACCCUAAAUCCGUCCUCCGCCGCGACGACGACGACGACAACGACGAGGCUUUUCAAAGUCAGAGCCGAUUUUGAAAUCGAUCCACGCCCAAUCGGAGCCGAAUCAGGUAUUCCCUCUGCGAAACCAACUGUUAGCUCCACUGAUAAACUUAAGCAGUAUUUCCAGAAUCAAGAUUACGAUAAGAAGUACGGAUUCGUCGAGGAAAUCGAUUCGUUCACAAUCCCUAAAGGUUUAUCUGAAGAAACAAUCCGAUCGAUUUCUAAGUUGAAAAACGAACCAGAUUGGAUGCUUGAGUUUAGGUUCAAAGCUUACGCCAAGUUUCUGAAAUUGGAAGAACCUAAAUGGUCAGAUAAUAGGUAUCCUUCGAUCAAUUUCCAGGAUAUGUGUUAUUACUCAGCUCCCAAAAAGAAACCAACUUUGAACAGUUUAGAUGAAGCUAAUCCUCAGCUUCUAGAGUAUUUCGAUAAAUUGGGUGUCCCUUUAACAGAGCAGAAGCGUUUGGCUAACGUUGCGGUUGAUGCGGUUCUAGAUAGCGUUUCCAUAGCAACCACUCAUAGGAAGACACUUGAGAAAUCCGGUGUCAUCUUCUGUCCGAUCUCUGAAGCCAUUAGAGAGUACCCGGAUUUGAUCAAGAAGUAUCUAGGAAGAGUUGUGCCUAGUGACGAUAACUACUACGCUGCUUUGAACUCAGCUGUUUUCAGUGAUGGAUCCUUUUGUUACAUACCGAAAAACACAAGAUGUCCGAUGCCGAUUUCGACUUAUUUCCGGAUCAACGCCAUGGAAACUGGUCAGUUCGAGAGGACUUUGAUCGUUGCAGAGGAAGGAAGCUUUGUUGAGUAUUUAGAGGGAUGCACUGCUCCUUCUUACGACACGAACCAGCUUCACGCUGCUGUGGUUGAGCUCUAUUGUGGGGAAGGAGCUGAGAUUAAGUACUCCACGGUGCAGAACUGGUACGCUGGUGACGAAGAAGGUAAAGGAGGGAUUUACAAUUUCGUCACAAAGCGUGGUCUUUGCGCAGGAGAUCGUUCCAAAAUCUCGUGGACGCAGGUCGAAACCGGGUCUGCGAUAACUUGGAAGUACCCGAGUGUGGUUUUAGAAGGUGAUGAUUCAGUGGGAGAGUUUUACUCUGUGGCAUUGACUAAUAACUAUCAGCAAGCUGAUACAGGGACCAAGAUGAUUCACAAAGGAAAGAAUACAAAAAGUAGAAUCAUUUCAAAGGGUAUUUCGGCAGGGCAUUCGAGAAACUGUUACCGUGGUCUUGUUCAGGUUCAGUCCAAAGCUGAAAAUGCUAAAAACACUUCGACUUGCGACUCAAUGCUUAUCGGUGACAAAGCAGCUGCUAAUACCUAUCCUUACAUCCAGGUAAAGAAUCCAUCAGCGAAAGUAGAGCAUGAAGCGAGUACCUCAAAGAUUGGAGAGGAUCAGCUUUUCUAUUUCCAGCAGAGAGGAAUCGAUCACGAGAGAGCAUUAGCGGCAAUGAUCUCUGGAUUCUGCAGAGAUGUCUUCAACAAGCUGCCUGAUGAAUUUGGAGCUGAAGUUAAUCAGCUUAUGAGCAUCAAGCUUGAAGGAUCAGUGGGUUAAACACUCAGAAUCACAGAAUAGUCUAAAAAAAAACAAAAAAAAGUCGUUGUCCUUCUCAAUAAAGUUUUUCCUCUUUUGAGUAUUUACUAGUUUCAGUCUGUAAAACUUUUAUCAUUAUGUAAUAAAUCUUCGUAAAAGGUGUUGUUAAUACUA